AUGGGAAAGCAGUAUGGGGCUGCAUGGAGUUUCAUCCUCAUUUUGUUCAUCUUGCGGUUCCUAGUAGUGGAAGGGAGUAGGGGGAAGAGGUUUCUGAGCAAAGGUGACGAUUAUGACAAGGCCAAAGAGUUGCAAAGGAAAGUUAAGGAUUGGGAAGAAGCUGCCUACAGAACGGUGACAGCUGGGGGAUUAGGAGAUGAAGGCGGUGGUUUUGGUAGUGGCGGGGGCAUAGGCAAGGGAGGUGGAGGUUAUGGGUCAGGUGGUGGUAUGGGCGGCGGCUACAGUGGUGGAAAUGGAGCAGGGGGUUGGGGAGGUGGCAUUGGGGGUGGCAGUGGCUUCGGAGGUGGCGGAGGAUCCAGCUACAACAAUGGCGGUCAACGUGACGGACAUGAUUCUGGGGGUGGAAGUGGAGGCGAGUAUGGAGGAGGAUCAAAUGGUGGGUAUGGUUCUGCUGGCGGAGGGGCGGUGGCUUAG